AUGGCCAUGGCCUUUGAGGCUGGCACGUACCCUUGCUGGGAGCUCUUGGAGUGUCAGGGCGAGGUGCCUCAGAGUCGAUCUGGACACACCUGCGCGCUGUACAACAAUCGGUACCUCUACAUCUUCGGUGGUUUUGACGGCUCCAGCUGCUUCGAUGAUUUGUACGUCUUGGACUUGGAGACGAGGCUUUGGCGACGGAUCGAGGCCCGAGGUGACCGCCCGUCCGGGCGAGCAUCCCACUCGGCGGUCACAGACGAGCUUGCAGGGGUGAUGUACAUCUUUGGUGGCUCUGGCUCUCAUUUUGGCUACACCAACAAGCGCGACCUUUGCGAGUUCUGCUUCCAAACAGAGACCUGGAGACUCCUUUCCAAUCCGGUGGAGGACAAACAAGUGGGAGGGUGCCGUCUGGUUUUUUGA